AUGCGCGGCGCCAUUCUCUGCCGUUUCCAUGGCAGUGGCAGUCAACAGGCAGCAGCGGUUCGUCUUCCGGUCUGCAGAGCCGUGGGCGCCUGCGAGAAUGAGCGCCGCGGCCGAGGUAGAGGAGCAGGUGGCGCGGCGCUACGAGAUAAAGCGGCGCCUCGGCAAGGGGGCUUACGGGAUCGUGUGGAAGGCCAUUGACCGCAAGACAGGCUCGACCGUGGCCGUCAAGAAAAUCUUCGACGCCUUCCGGAACCGCACCGACGCGCAGAGAACAUUCCGGGAGAUUAUGUUCCUGCAGGAAUUUGGAGAGCAUCCAAACAUCAUCAGGCUCUUGAAUGUCAUCCGGGCUCAGAAUGACAAGGACAUCUACCUGGUUUUUGAGUCCAUGGAGACCGACUUGCAUGCUGUGAUCAAGAAGGGGAAUUUACUGAAAGAUAUUCAUAAGUGUUACAUCCUGUAUCAGCUGUUAAAAGCCACCAAAUUCAUCCACUCGGGAAACGUCAUUCAUAGGGACCAGAAGCCUUCCAACAUCCUGCUGGACGCAGACUGCUUUGUCAAGCUGUGUGACUUUGGACUGGCCCGUUCCCUCUGCCAGAUCCACAAGGACCAAGGCAACCCUCCCCUUACAGAGUACGUUGCUACUCGCUGGUAUCGGGCUCCUGAGAUCCUGCUUUCCUCUCACAGCUACACAAAGGGCGUGGACAUGUGGAGCGUUGGGUGCAUCUUGGGGGAGAUGCUUCUAGGGAAACCAUUAUUCCCAGGCACGUCCACCGUCAACCAACUAGAGCAGAUCCUGCGUGUCAUUCCUGCACCGUCUCUAGAAGAUCUGGCAGCCUUCCACUCGGAUUACAGAGCCUCCAUCAUCAACCGCAUGAGCUGCCAGCCCCAGGUGACUUUUGAGGACCUUUUGCCCACCUCCACCCCACCACAGGCCUUGGACCUUUUGAAACAGCUCUUGGUGUUUAACCCUGAGAAGCGGCUGACAGCAGAAGAGGCACUGGAGCAUCCCUACGUGCGAAGAUUCCACUGCCCCGCAAAAGAGCCAGCUCUUGACUACAGUGUGAUCCUUCCCCUGGAUGAUGAUGUGCAGCUCUCUGUGGCCGAGUAUCGCAAUAAGCUCUACGAGAUGAUCUUGGAGAGAAAGGCCAGUAACCACCAUCAGAAGCAGCAGCAGCAGCAGCGGUGGCGGCCACAGCUCCAGAGAGAGACUCUCCAGCCCAGCCCCCCUCUGAAGCCUCACUCUGAGGUGCGGGGAGUGCCACAGCCCCUCCCACUAAACGGCUCCCCCCAGCUGCCAGGAGCCAUGGUACCUGGUGAAGCCUCUCAGCGGAGAGCAAAUGAGACCAGAACCCUCUGUCCAAUGCCAGCAGCAGAUAGCCCGGUUCCUGGCAACGUGGCAAGGAAUCACUCUGCAGUGCUUCUUCUGCAGCAGGCUGCCCCCCUCAGCCAGAGAGUGGGGAAACAGACAUUCUGUGUGCCAGUGAACACUCUGUCCCCUGCAGCAGGCUUGCAGAAUCUCCAUGGGGUGCCUAAAGACCCAGAGGGGCGAAGUCAAGCGAUGUCCUUCUCGAGGCCCCUUUCGCUGUUGGGUCAAGCCCAGGAGGCAGCUCUUAACCACCAUCUGAUGAGGAAGGAGCGACGCCCCAGCAAGUCUGCAGCCGGCCCUAAUCCAAGGAGCUCCGAAGCCCAUGGCAGGGAUGCCUGUCCAUUUCUGAAGCCCAGUAAAAAGAUGUUCCAGGUUACAGCAAAUGUAGGAACAGCUGGAGAUCCCAAGGCCUGUCUGGGCAGUUACUCACAGUCUUAUGGGACCAUCUGCAAGUCUGCUCUUCAGAGCUUACCUGUACCAAGUGCUUGUCAGCAGGCGAUAACCCAAAAUGCCCAGCAGUUUUGACCAGCACCCUCUACAGAGAGCAGAGCAUUUCUUGCUGUUGUACUGGGCCUUGGGGUGAUGGCUGGAUGGGGGACUCUGCCUCCCUCUUAGGAAGUGAGGGGAAAGUGUGCCCCCCUCCCCAGUACACUUGACCAGCGCACGCUUGCUGAGCCCCAGCCUUGGAAGUGCUGCUCUGCUGAGUUUUCCUAGUCAAAAACUGAUUCUCUUCACCAUUUCAAGUGCUGGCGUUCCAGGGUGGGGCCUAAAAAACUAUGGAAACCACAGGAGAUGGCAAAAGCCCUGGGUGAGAGUCUUUGCCUGGCUCCAUGUGACCCCUUUUGGGCUCUGGCCCACUAGUAAAGAAAAACUGUAUGUACGAUCCUGUGAGCCCAUACAUUCUGCCCCCACGGCUGCAACCUGUGGACUUGUUCUUGUAAGAAUUUUAAAUAAAAGGAGCGUUUUAAAAAAAAAACAGGCACACUUCCACACACAUGAAAAAGGAGCCCUUUCUUUGUUACCUGCUGCAGAGGGAAGUGAAUGGAGUAAAUAGAGCAAGAGUUUGAUUUCUGCCUUGAACAGCUGAAACUGCUGCUGCCGCCAUUCCCCCCCCCCCCCGGUCAGUCUAGCCCAGUCCCAUUUGCUUCAGCUGCUGGCCUUGGGCUAGGUGGAUUGGCUGGCUUUGCUACCUGAGGCCUGUUUAAUUAGAGAUGCCAGAGGCAGGGGUCUUGGAGCACAGGGCCUAGGAGGCUGCCUUAUAGUGAGCCAGACUAUUGGUCCAUAUAGCUAAGUGUUGUCUACUCUGACUGACAGCAGGUGUCCAGGGUUUGGGGCAGAGAACUGGCCUAGCUCUACCUGGAGGUGCAUUUGGGGAUUGAAUCUGGGACUUGGAUGCUCUACCGCUGGACUACAGCCCUAGCGCUCCUUGAAAUCCAGCCACAUUUCUGGAAUUCAUAUAUAUAUGGAAUUUAUUUUUUAAAAUAAAUAUAAAUAAAUAAAUAUUUUUGGAAUUUAUAUAUAUAUAAAUUAUAUCAUUCUUAUAAAAUUAUAUCAUUCUUAUUAAGCUCUUUGCUUGCUCAAAUUACAAUUCAUACUCCGCAACAUUGGUACCUGGCCAAACUUGAGGCCAUUGUUCAGGUGCUGUUUCUGAAGAAACACUGCUAAAAUAUUGUUUUCAUCUCUUUUUCUGCACAUAGCAUCCUAACUGAUCCAAAGCUAGACCAAUAGUAUAUAGAGAGCAUAAAAUAGGAUUAAUUUGCUAUAUAAUGGGUGCAGUAUACAGCCAGUAAUUGCUGUGUAAUAAAAAACGAGGGAGAUACUGCCAAUUUUCUGGACACAUUUGUGGCAUUUUGAAUGUUCCCCUUUGCCCCCCCUACAGCACUUAUGGAUGUGACCACAUGGGGAUUCUGAAAUGUGCAUGCGAGUCUGUGUCUGCACGGAAUAUUUUCAAGAAGUGCUUUCCACCAGCUCCGGCUGGUAAGACACGUGUGGCCAUUUCUGGAGUGGGAUAGCCUGACCACUGUCGUCCACGUGCUAGUAACCUCCAGGCUAGAUUACUGCAGUGUGCUCUAUGUGGGGCUGCCCUUGAGGUUGGUCCAGACGCCACAGGUAGUGCAAAAUAUGGUGGCUCAACUGUUAACUGGGGAAGGAUAUCACCAACUUGUUACUUCAUUGCUUAAUUCAUUGCACUGGCUGCCACUUAACUACCAAUCUUAAGUUCAAGGUGCUGGUUUUGGUGUGUAAGAGCCCUAUACAGCUUGGGACCAGGAUACCUGAGUGAUUCAGUACCUGCACUAUGCAGGUGAGGGCCUCCUGCAGAUACCAUCUCUUCAAGAGAGCUGUUCCACCCAACAUAGGAAGUGGGGCUUUAGUGUUGUGGCAUCUACUUUUUUGCAAUUCAUUCACAUUGAAUAUUAGACAGGCGCUGUAUCUAUUGUCUUUUCAGGACCUACUGAAGACCUUCCUCUUUCAGCAAGCCUGUUAAGUAGGCACAUUUAUCCCAGUGUGCAUUUGUUUUGGAUUGUUUUAAAGAUGUUUUUAUUGUUUUAUUACUUGUUUGCUGCCCUGGGCUCCUCUUGGGAGGAAAGCCAGGCUAUAAGUUUUAUACAGAAAAUGAUGAAAUAAGGCGGGGGGAAAAGGUCCAGAUAUUGUACUACAAAUUUCCCACAGAAAACCAAUUGCUCCCCAACGAUUAGCAGUGUUUUUACAUUCUAUUGUAUUGCAAGUAGUUUUGAUUAUGUAUGUAAUAGAAAAUUGGGGUAUAAUAAAUUAAACUAAACUUGAUGUUUCAUACACUUGGGGGAGGAGGAGCAGACUGUGGCAUCUUGGUGUUCCUGUCCCAGCUGAGAGGGGGCAGAACAGGCCUCUUCCUCCUCCCAAUUAGGUAUUUCUGCCUUUUAAGAGCACCAGGGAGGGGAUACUACCUCCUGUCCCCCAGCCCCCAGGAUACUGUGUCCACAAUAACCCCAGGGCCUUCUGCUGCUUGGGGCUGACCCCAGGGCUGUGUAUUGUCUGUGAGAGCUGCCAAAAUUGGGUUCUUUAACGGAAGGGCUUGCACCUGGGACCUUUUAGGCUGCAAUCCUAAACCACACACUUUAAGAGACCAAGCCCCACUAGGCUAAGCAGGUAUGCUUAGGCGUGUUGUGUCAAAAGCCAAGUCUGUGUGUAUGUGUGUUCAUGUGCAUGCACCACUACUGCAUCAAAGCUGUUUUUGGAAGCCUUUCUCCAAUCAAGCCAUGUGCCCAUCAGCGUAUCACCACUGGAGAUGGAGACUGGAAAAAUGUCAUUUAUUUUAUCAAUUUCUGUGUUCUUCCCCCCCUGCACAGCAUACAUAUGCUCAGGACAACUUACAAGAGCAAAAUCAGUAAGAAUUAAAAAACAAACAAACACUGAAACAACGAACAAGCU